AUGAAUCCACAACCAGACAUCUCGGGCUACUUUCCCUCCGCCUACCCCAUGAACAACGCGAACCGCUCCCCCGGCUCUUCGCGGCCGGGCUACAACACCGCCGUCGGCCUCACGGGCGUCAGUCGCAUGACGCAGCGACAGAUGGAGGCCAUCGGCCAGCCCUCUGCUGCCCUCUUCGCCGCCGCCGACGAUCGCUUCGCUUCCUACGAUAACGCCGCCUUCCGACACAACAGGCUACAACCCGCUGCUGCUUUCGCGACCGACAGCUUCAUUGGAAACAACCAGGCUUGGGCUUAUAACGCUGGCGCAAACACUGUGAAUGGCGCUUUGGGCGACAAUAGGGUGCGCAAUGGCGGUCGUCGGGCUCUCCCCACGGAAUGGAUGUCCGAACAAAACGGCCUUGGAAGCCAUGCUCUCAACACCCCUUCGACACAGUACUCUUCCGCUUUUGGUCUGAACGGCGAUGGCAACUUCGCAGGCGACCGCCAUGGCUAUCCCGGCAGCAUGUACGACCCUCGCCAUGAUCCCAAGACCCUCGGCAGCGACCUCAUCCCUACCGCCAUUGUCAUCAAGAACAUCCCUUUCAACGUGAGGAAAGAGAUGCUUACCCAGAUCAUGACCGACCUUGGCCUUCCCCAGCCUUAUGCUUUCAACUACCACUUCGAUAACGGCAUUUUCCGUGGUCUCGCCUUUGCCAACUUCCAAAGCCCCCUGGAUACCCAGACCGUCAUCGAACAGCUCAAUGGUUACGAGGUUCAAGGCAGAAAGUUGAGGGUAGAGUACAAGAAGAUGCUCCCUGAGCACGAGAGAGAGCGCAUCGAGCGCGAGAAGAGGGAGAAGCGCGGCCAGCUGGAGGAGCAACACCAGCCCAUUGCCCUGCACUCCCAGUCUUCCAUGCACUCACUGAAUGCCGCUCACACUAGCAGGUCUCGCAACUCGCCGUUGCGUAAGUCGUCGUCUCGCCGCGAUCUUUUGCCGCCAAACUCUAACCAGGAUGAUGUUACAGGAGAUGUUGACCUCAACAACCCCGAAACUCUCAAGUUUUAUACCGAGUUGACUCUCUUCCGGAAUGACCCCAACCGCGAGAUCAUCAUCUUCCCUGCCAGCAUUACCCCCCAGCAGCGUCGGACCGUUCACAUUUUGGCCCACAACAUGGGUCUUGAGCAUCGUUCCGUUGGCGAGGGUCCUACCCGCCAGUUGCACGUCAUCAAGGACACGGCCACUGCCACCUUGGCAAGCAUGGCGCCUCCUAUGCACAUCUCUCCUGGUGUGUCGGCUGAUGCUCACCGUCGCGGUCUUAGCCGUGCCGCCACCAUUGACUUCGCCGAGUCCCGUGCCAAUGCUCCGGGUCAGUACGCCACCUUGGGUAGACAGGGCAGACACGGCCCGACUCUGGAGCUUCCUGACAGUCCCGAUGGCGGCAUCAACGCGUUGCGCGGUGUCAAGUCCUUCGCGGACCUGCGAUCAUACACACCCAGCCCUUCGCUCUCAGCUUCUGGCUUCCCGCAGAGCAGCCUUCACGGCUCCAGCAUUGCUCAGUAUGGCGAAUAUAGCGCCAGCCUCGGUGGGCCUAACAGCGUAAUGACCACGCCAACCACACCUGGAGCAGCUUCCAACAAGGACACUUCGCUACUGGUCUCGGAGCUUGGUUCUCUGUCACUGAGCGAGCCCUUCAACGCCAACCGCCUCAGGCCCAGAGAGACUCCUGGCGCGAUUGGUAGCCAACGCUCUCCUUUGAAUGGAAACAGCACUCGCAGCGUUCCGGAGCGUCAGCCUCACGGACCGAGCAGCGGUGACUGGGGCGAGAGCAUUGGCUUUGCUGGACGGGGACGUACCAAUGGUCACAUGCAGCGUGGUAGUGAUUCGUCCGACAAUGGCACGCGCGGAGCGGCGACGUCUACCUCCUCGAGAUUCCAGUAG